UGAAACACGUUGCCCGGGUCCACAUUUCUGCUGAUGCCUGCUCUGCCGUGAAUAAUUGCACUCGCCCGCCUCCCCUUGCCUUGCUGCCCGUCACCACUGCCGACGCCUGCCUCCUCCUCGAUCUCCCAUUCUCACCUUCCCGCCCCCCAGCACCGCCGGGACAUUCCUCCCGAACCGUCGCCAUGGCAACCGCCGUUCCACCGAUCAUCUCCCCGAAGGAAGAUCUCCCCCCUCCACUGACCUCCGCCUCCGAGCCCCCUCCGCUCUUCGACGGCACCACCAGGCUGUAUCUUGCAUAUCACUGCCCGUACGCGCAGCGCGCUUGGAUUGCCAGGAACUGCAAGGGUUUACAGGACAAGAUCAAGGUAGUCGCCAUAGAUCUGGCGGACAGGCCAGCUUGGUACAAGGAGAAAGUUUACCCGGAGAACAAGGUGCCUGCCCUGGAGCAUAACAACCAGGUGAAAGGAGAGAGCUUGGAUUUGGUCAAGUACAUUGACAGCAAUUUUGAUGGCCCAGCAUUGCUGCCUGAUGAUUCUGCAAAGAAGCAGUUUGCUGAGGAACUGCUUGCGUUCAGCGAUGGGUUUAAUAGUGCAUUUUUCUCAUGCUUACGCUCCAAGGGAGAUGUGUCAGAUGAAGCCGCUGCUGCUGUGGAUAAAAUAGAAGCUGCCUUGGGGAAGUUCAGCGAUGGCCCAUUCUUCCUUGGCCAAUUCAGUUUGGUGGACAUUGCGUAUGUACCAUUCAUCGAAAGGUUUCAGAUAUUCUAUUCUGGCAUCAAGAAGGAUGAUCUUGCCAAGGGAAGGCCCAACCUGCACAAAUUCAUUGAGGAAGUGAACAAGGUCGACGCAUAUACACAGACCAAAUUGGACCCACAGUUUCUACUUGAUCAAAUGAAGGAGAAGUUUGGGAUUGCUUGAAGAUGUGACCAAGGAUAACCAAAUAUGCAUGCCAGGGAAUCGCUGCAGAAUAGCAGAUUUAGACUCGGGGGUGUUGCAAUAUAUUUUGAAUAAAAGAUGCAUGCCAUGCAUAUAGGCCAUGCUUUUAUAUAGAGAAUAAACAGACAAACUGGGUCUUAUUGUAAACUUUUAUUGUCUCGUAAAGGAUGAUCAUUCUGAGUUGUGCUGAA